AUGUUCUUGUCAGAUCAGGCCUACGAGCCCUCGAAUAGCAGUGACCGUGAAUUGACCGGUCUUGUACUUUUAACCACAGGACUUAGGUUGUUUCAUCUCACCUCCACACUUCCUUCUUGUUCAUCUAGCUUUGUGAGAGAGCUAAAUACACCUCCGGCCACCACGCGUUCGCAAUAUUCACCGUCGGUCACCGGUACUACGUCAUGCACCGCAUUGUUUUCUAUGUGCCGUCGCUGA